AUGUACGGUUCGCCAUUUCCCUCAUUGAACUCCAAGGUCCGGUACAUGACCACUUUGGAACGGGCGGGUUUCGACGUAAACUACUCCAAGAAUGACAAUUCAGACCGCAGUUCUCGAUUGCCCUCGAGCACACCGUUGAGGACGGCACGAUCAACACCGAGUCUGCGGCCCCGUGCCGAGGUGACACCGACUUUGCACAUCCAGCAGCCCCUACCCCAGAUCACCACUUCGAGCCCCCCGGUAUCAGUUGCGGGGCGCUCCCGAGUACCUGAGUCGGCGCCAACAACACCAACGGUGAGUCCGCACGGGUUUGCGAAAUUCAAUCAGACAGCCCCCCUGGACAGCGCCACACCGUCGAAGGUAAUGGGGGGGGCCAAACAAUCGCAGAGCACAUACUAUCUGUCGCCACAGUUGAGUGGGUUUGCCCCCUUGUUCCAUGAGGAUAAAUCAUGGCGCCCACAGGAGAAGAGCACGUCCAAUGCAACGUCUUUCUUCAAUUUUGAAGCUAACGACACUGGUGAUGCGGAAAAUGUAGCAGAAGAUCUCAAAGCGGUUGACAUGACAGCGGCAUUUAGUUAUGGUAACGAUAGGGGGGGUGAACAUGAGAUGCAGUCUCCCGCUCGCACGUUUCUCCCCUUGCAGAAGAACGUGGAGGAGCCCGUUGACGACGCGUCCUUCUUGAACGACGAGGAGAUAACGCGGAUCGAAACCCCGUUGUCCACGGACUGUGUCGCUGCCGAUAUAUGCGUUGGCCCAAACAUGAAGGUUCUUUCAGGGAUCAGUGACGCUCGUGGGGACUUCUCUGCUGAUGAGCCGGAUUUGAUUCCAGAGAUCAAAUGGGUCCAGGAGAACGAUGGCGCGGAUGCAGUAGUGGAUGGCUUACACCUUCACCCGAACGAGAGUUUGGAGCAACUGGUGAAAGAUGGCGGCCGCGAGGUGUCUGCUGCGAGGAUGGCCUCAGGGGAUGCGGUUGCCCAGGACGAGGAAAUACAGGUGCCGAACAAGCGCUUGGAGCAACUAAUUGCACAUUUGGACGACUCGUUGCCAAGCGACUCGGGAAGCGAGCAAUUGAGGCACGCGGGGAACAGAUGGGAGCGGUCCAGCCAUUACUUAUCGGCUCUCCCGGAGCAGGCCGGGCCAGGCUUGGUUCACCCCCGCGGCGAAGGCCCCUGCAGGGGCUGUCACAUGCCCGUUGAGGGCAAGCGCGUCACUGCAUCGGAACUAUCAGGGCAGUGGCACCGCAGGUGCUUCCACUGCGCGGAGUGCGACUUGCAAUUCGACAAGCACCACGCGUGCUACGUCAUCGCGGACACACCCUACUGCCAGGAACACUACCACGAGCGCAACGGGAGCAUCUGCAAGCUGUGUGGCGGGUUCAUCGAGGGCGACUGCCUCGAGAACGACCGCGCGGAGCGGUUCCACCCUGGCUGCCUCGUCUGCGUCGUGUGCCACGAGCAGAUCAGCAGCGACUACCUGCUCAUCAACGGCGACGUGCCCCUCUGCGGCGCGCACGACCUCGACCAGCUCGCCGCGGACGGACUGUUCGAGUUCGACCACGGCCCCAGCGACGCCCACAGCACGCACACCGUCGAGAAGCGCCGCACGCGACUCAUCGCAGGAUAG